AUGGCCAGUUCCAAGACAGAGAGGUCCGGUCCAGCAAGCGUCGUGGCGGCUGGCGAUGCCUUGCCACAAGCGCGAGGCCAGCAGAUGGAGCUCCCACAGCAAUUCUCUGCAAUCUCUGCUUUGUCGUUUGCUUAUAUUGUCACAAACUCUUGGGUUGGUUAUUCGGGGACCUUCGCCACUGCGUUGCUGGCCGGUGGAGGGCCAGCUGUUUUCUACGGUCUUAUAGUGGCUGGAAUCGUGUGCACUAUCAUUACCCUGGGUCUUGCCGAGUUGGCAUCUGCGUUCCCGUCGAGCGGAGGACAAUACCAUUUCACGUUUAUGGUCUCGUCACCAAAGACUCGGACGCCCUGUGCUUUUGUGUGUGGCUGGCUCAGCUGUCUUGCCUGGUGUCUGACCACAGUAUCUGGCACCAUUUUCACCGCUCAAGCGAUUCUUGCGCUUGUCUCGUUCCUGAAGGAGGACUACCAGCCCAGGCAGUGGCAGACGUACCUUGUCUUUCUUGCUCUUAUGACACUGGCAACGGGGAUAGUUUGUCUCCUCGCGCACUGGUUGCCGCGACUGCAGGAGGUCAUGUUCUGGAGCAGCAUAUCUGCCUUUGUCGUGUGUCUCGCCGCGGUUCUCGGGAUGAGCAAAAGCAAGCAGCCUGCCCGCGUGGUUUUCACCCAGUACGAGAACGAGACGGGAUGGCCCGACGGCUUGUCAUUCCUCAUAGGAGAGGUCCCGGAUCCAGGCCGGACUAUUCCCAAGGUGAUGUGGCUAACGCCGGUGAUCGGGAUUGCCACGGCGGUGCCGUUUGUCGUGGCCACCUUAUUCGCGACAGUCGACCUAGGCGAGAUCAUCCGCUCCGAACUGCCUAUCCUGACGCUGUAUCAUCAAGCGACGGGUAGCAAAGACGUAGCCGCCAUUUUCACCGUCUGGCUUAUUUUCAACUACUUUGGAGGCGUACUCGCGGGGCUCGCGACAUCCGGCCGCAUGGCUUGGGCUUUUGCCCGCGACAACGGGCUGCCCUUUUCCAGAACGUUAGCAGCAGUGCAUGCGCGAUUCCAAACGCCCGUCGCCUCGACCGUUGCCUGUGCCGUGCUGAUGGCACUGUAUGGUCUUAUCUACAUUGCGUCCAGCACGGCAUACAGCAGCAUCAUCUCGAUGUCGAUCCUAUCCAUAAGCGUAACGUAUGUGCUUCCGCAGGGCAUCCUGCUCUUCCGAGGACGGGAAAAGGUGCUUGUCGACCGCUACUUCGAUUUAGGGCGGUAUGGGGCCUUUGUCAAUGCGUUCUCGUGUCUGUGGGUUGGGCUGUAUACGGUCAUCUUCUGUUUCCCGACGAUCAUGCAGUCCACGCCGUCCAAUAUGAACUAUCUGGCUCCUGUUGUUGUCGCAAUCGUCGUAUUGAUUCUUGCGAUGUGGUAUGGCGGGAAGAAGAAGGCGUUUUUUGGGCCGAGUGUUGUGCUUGCAGAGGCACUGGCCCAGGAGUCAAGCAUUGCAAUCGUGGCGAAGCGAGGGUCCUCACACUUAGAUGACCUACCUGGCAGCGUCUAG